AUGCCAUUCACUAUUUAUGUCUAUGGUGUCAAUGAAAAUCGAUUUUUGUUCCGGUCUAUGUUCUUACUAAUUCUUGUUGCUGGUGUACAAUUUUAUCAUGUAUUUUUUCUUCGAGAUAUUCAACGAUCAGUUUUUAUAUUUCGAGAACCAAACGUAACAGAUAUUAGUUGGGAUAUGUAUAUAUCAAUUCCAUAUGAAGAUUGUCAAUGUAAUGUUAUAUCUAUCGAAUCAUGUCUAACUAAUUUGCAAAUUAAAUAUACUCGUAUUCUUCCAUUAAUAUUAUUUCUAUUAGAAGUUUAUACUUUUAAAGAUAUUCUUUCAUUACAUCGUUACCGAAGUCAUUUUAUUGUCAACUUCUAUUGGAUUGUCUCGAUCUUUCUUUUCUUUUGUCUUGUAACGGUUAUCUAUCGAUGUAGUUCUUAUUAUGAUAUCAUUAAUAUCAUUCUUGCUGAUUUAGGUAUAUUAUUAUAUCUUACUUGUGGAGCAACACAAAUUAUUCCUUAA